AUUAUCAAUACUUGAUUAUUUUGCAUGUAGAGAUAUGGAAUGAGUCCUUGUUUUCGAAAAUACAUCUCAUCUGGGCGAGCGAGACGGAGUUCCGAGCGCUCCAGGUUAUAAAAGACGGGGUUGUGGAGAAGAAACUUGUUUUCUUCACCAUGGAGGCAGAAAAAGAGAACAUGCAAUCGGGUUUCAAACCCUUGAGGAGGUUAACAUCACUUCGAAGGCAUAGGCCUGAGAAUGACAUGAGCGUUGAAGAUUUUAUGAGAUGGGUGGAGAACCCAAGUCCUGGAUUGCAACAGCCCAUGUUAAAACAAAAUAGAAGCAUUGAGAAAACUGUAAAAAGGAGGGAGUUACAACCUACAAAUGUGCAGGAGGUAAAUUCUGUACAAAAUGAACAGAGAGAGUCUGGGCAGGAAAUCUAUGGAAACUACCAGCCAAGAAUGCCAAUGAGCAAUUUAGCACGUCGCAGAUCAGUACAGGCAGACAUUCCCCAUGGGUCAAAAUCAGUGAGUGGUGGUGAUCCAUUACUGAUUGAUGGCAAGGAUGAACAAAGUUUUCAUAAUGCAUUCAGAAGGCAAAGAUCAGUACAAGCAGACAUCUCCCAUGAGGCAAAUUCAGUGAGAGGUGGAGAGCCAAUGCUUAAAGAUGGCAUGGAUGAACAAAACUUUCAUAAUCCAUUCAGAAGGCUUGGUCACAGAAGAAGGUCUAGCCUAUUAAGCACCCAUGAAGAUGCAGGUUUGGAAAACAAUGCUUUUGCACCAAGUACAUCAGCUUUGACCUGUUCUUUCCAACCAAGUUUAAGGAGGAGAUCCAAGCAAUUAAUGCAAAAUAUUGAAGAGUCACCACAGAAGCAAGAGGAAUUUUCAUCUCAACAGGCAAAUAUAGAAACCAAAGAUUUUUAUAACAGGAGAAGGUCAGCAAGACUCAUGCAAUUGGAUAAUAUUUCAGAAAAACGUGAACCUUCAUCAUAUUUAGAUUUUGACAAAAAUCACACAGAAAGGGAAUUUAAAGAAAAGCCAGGGAUACUGGAAGAGAAAGAGAGUUUUAACAGACUAGCCACUUCCCAGUUCAGCAAGAAUAUGAAAUUGAUUACAAGUAACUCAAAACCUGUGCCAUCUCCACACGUAGCUUCCAGCAAUACAGAAAGGGCAUCAAAAGGAACAUUUCUCUCUGGAGGAAAAAAAGAUGCUUUUGAGAAAGUGCGUCACUUGAUAGAAAAAGCACGGGAGCAGAGGAAGAUCGCUCUCCUUAAAUCCAACUCCAAAGCUACGCCGAGGAUGAGACUGACUCCUUUAAGGCUGAACCAGGCUUCUGCUCAAAGGAGAGGUCAUCUUAUGUCCUCAAAAAGAAAACAGCAAGGGAUAACCCAAAGUUCUGGAAACCAAGUUGAAGAAAGAGAUAAUAACUUGCAGUUAUCCAAGGAAUGCUGUCGCACACUACAGUUUGAAAGUGGAGAUGAAGGUGACGGUUCAGAUAAUACCGAACCUCUGGAUAUGAUGGAUAUAACCAACAUGAUUUCAGGGUCAUCAAUUCUUCAGGGCACAGAGGAACAAGUGAAGCAAAACAAACCACCUGCUAUCAAGAAAAAUCUUAUGCAGAUUUCCACCGCAGGGCUUAAGAGGCAAAAUCCCACUACAAAACAAAAGAUAAUUAACCAGGACAAAAUAGGUUUGAAUGAGGAAACCUCAGAAGUUCAGGAUGAGUUCAAGUGUGCAGGAGAUUUUGAAAGCGAGUGGUCACAGGAUGAAGAUAAACUGGUUUUGCAGAAAAAUGUGAAACAUGAUACAGUCAGCAAGAGAAUUGAUAAUGAUACUCUGAACAAAGGAAUAGACAGAAAUGAUGUUUGUAAUAUACCAGAAAAACAGCCAUCUAUUGUGAAAGUCAAAGAGGAGAAGCCAGUUACAAAAGUAGCCAAAUUGAAAACACCUACCUAUAAAAUAGCACCAAAGAGCUCCAGGGCAGUUAAUCCGGCAGGUGUUAGACCAGUUAUUGGUAGACCUGUGCAGAGAAAUCAGACACAUAGGGAUACAAAGAUCAAAGUUCAAGGUCGUACCCCAAACAUCCGUAGACGGUCUACUAAAGAUUUAAAAGUUUCUGUACAGACUUCAUCGGAGCCAAGUUCCCAUACUGUUGAGGUACAAACAAGCCCUGCAGUAGUGAAAAGUGAUGCUUCAACAAACACACAAAUAAAAUAUACAUAUGGAAGAUCCCUCGACCCUAAAUUGAUGAGUGAGCUUGAGACACUGAGCAAGGAGCAAGAUGAGAUUGCUAAGGAAGCACUGCUAAUCAGAGAAAGAACUGCAAUGAGACAGAAGAGAAUGAGGGAAGAUGGUAUUCUGGAUAGUUUUGCUGCCACAAUAUCUCCUCUCAAAAGGUUAAAAGCUAUGAUGCAAGAGAAGAAAACAUUUGUUCAUUCUACAAAGAAGGAAUAUAACUCCUCAGAAAUGGGUUCCCAGUCACAAAUCAACAAGAGUGUCCAAUUCAGUGAAACUUCAAUAUUUUAUGAAGCACCAGAGAUAGAUGAACAGCAAGAAGAGUAUGAGACACCAGACACAAGCAUUCAAAUGUGUAACAGCUUAAAUGCCAGUAUGUCACAUUGGAAUUCCUUGAAAGGUAGCAACAGUUUUCUCCAAACACCUGUUUCAAAGAAAGAGACCAUUCAGUCAGCCAAAGAAGAAAGAGAGGAAUUCCUUCCUCCUACAAAUGACGUCCCUGGAGAGAAAUCACCAUUUACCGAAUUAGCUGGGAAUUGUGAACGUCCAUCACUAGCUCCCCUCACACCUCACUCCCGAAAAGAAGUGUCUGUUUUAAAGCUGGCAUUGCGGAAACAGUUAGAGCAGUUAUAUGAUUAAUUUAUUUGUUCUUUUAGAAGUUAUAUUUAGUUCUCUAUUUUGAGGCAAAACAUUUGCUUUUAAUUUUUUUUUCUGUAUUAGGAUAUUGUUAAUACUGAGUAUUUUCUGUAAAGGUACUGUUUAACAGUUUAUAGUUCUUAACUGUAAAAUAUGCUGCCUGGCCAUAAGUAUAAAGAAUCAGUAUUAGUGGUAGAUUUAUACUAAAUUUACAUAUAUUGUUAGGGUAAUAAGUUUUAUUUGCAUGAAAAUAUUUUUUUUAAGUAAUUAUAUAUUUUAUAUGAAAAGAAAUGCUGAAAAUAUAUAUUUAGGUAAAAUAUGUACAAACAUAUUCAUGCAGUACUCAUUCUGGAAUCUAUUGUCUUUAAUUGAAUAGAAGAAAUAUGUAUAUUUGUUAGAAUGAAAUGGAUAGACAUUGUUAUAACUAGAUUCAUUUAUUCCACUCAUCUUUCAUUUCCUGAAGAAUAAAAUGUUUACAUGUAUAUAUAUAAACAAAAUGUCCACCAAUUUACAAAGAAAAUAAAAUGAAUAGUAUUAUGUCUCUUGUAUUUCAUUUGUUUCUUUAGGUAAGAGAGGAGAAUGUUCAUGUGUUUAUAUGAACAUUGUGUGAAAUGUGCACCAUUCUAUGAGGAA